AUGAGUCCUGCGACCACCAAGAAUCGUCCCCUCUUACCUAAUCCACAUCACCAACUGGAAUGGUCCAACUCGACUGCAAACUUAUUCCUGGGCGGCGCAGGAGUGCGGAGAUCGUGGAUGUUGGAUGCUUCAUCUUCCUUGUCAAUCAGCUCUGCUUCUGCGAAUGCUCCUGCUACCCCUCCUCCUGCUGCUACUGCUACUGUCCCUCCCAAUUCGUCCUCCCAGUCUUCACUCGCUGCUGUCUCGGAUCCGGCUUCUGCCUCUGUUUCUGCCUCUGCCGUUGCCGACCAGCCUCAAAGUCGCCCGCAAGGCAUGCGAAACUCCCCUCCAUCCUCCGUCACAAUCGUCUCUCAGAGUCAGAAGAACAAUAAAGAUAAUAAUGUUGGCGCCGUCACAGCCAAUGGUAACAUCACUGCUCCUGCUACGUCCACGCCGUCAGUCUUAAUGUCCCCCGUGACGCCCGGGGGAACCCUCCAGCAAAAUCGCGAUAUUAUUCCACCACCCUGUCCUGUGGUACCCUUAAGCACUCGCGGGUUUACCACAACACCUACCACGAAUUUCAACACCACUCCUUCGACCAGUGGGCCAACGGCCGCCGUCCGUGCACCUCAACCGCCACAGCAGCCCCUGUCCUCCUCACUUCCGUCUCCCGACCCAAGCAGUGCCUCCCACCCUAGCCCUGCCAGCGCUGGAGAUCGAAAUGACCGAAGUCUGUCACAUGGCGUUCUCCCAUCCCCUCCGCCAGUCACUGGGCCGAUGCAGAUAUACGGACAACCGGAACAUCCCAGGCAAAUGGGCGAUGUCAUGUCCGCGAGCGCAUCGCCGACCACAGCGGGCGGGGAGAGAAUGGCCGCCGCCUCGGCGCCGGCCAUUAUCAGAGGCCUGCAGAGACAGCAGGCGAUUGCGAGUCCCCAGCAGUUCAUAGCCCCUGUCUCCCCUGAAGCGCAACUGCGGUCCCAACCAUCAAUGACCCGCGCUCCGCCCGAUUCAAACCAUGUUCCUCCCAGCCCCGUCGGACAGGGUCCUUCGACUUCCUUCAUCAACCAGGCAUUUUGGGCACAGUCACAGCAGCUCCUGGAUGCUUUCGUGGCAAGAGCGCAGGGUGCCAUGCUGCUCUCAGAGACAGUGGAACUGCCGCGAAUACGUCUUCUACGGGAUGCGUGUAAUGAGAAGGAUCUAUUCUACCUGACUCUCCAUCAAAUAUACUGCCUGCACACCUUUGCUCCCUCGGAAUUUGCUCGAUUACCCUAUAUAAGCGGGCACCAUGAGACGGGAUUGGAGGUUGUCAAGCAGCUUCUUGUGGACAAUCACCGUCUAUCAGGCGACUUCUUGAGGUGGAGCGUUAAUUUCCCUCGGCCCUUGCGUGUGAUGUUCCAGACUCGCGAGUUCCCAAUAGUUCUCCAUCAGAUUGCUCAUUGCCUGGGUUGUCUGUCUGAAAAGUGGACGGCCUUCGAUCGCCAUGUCCGAGAGCGUGUCUAUCCCCCUUUGAUCGAUGAAUUAGUCGUGCAAUUUUGCAUAACAUCAUCCGUACUCUUAUCAAUAGUAUUCCUGGCCAUGUCCCGAAGAAUUUUCGGAGCCCGCCAUGAAGACCAAUUGCGGAGUAUCUACAGCAGGAACAAGCGGAAUUACGUGAAACGGUUCAGAUCAAUAACCACUCCGGAGCAGCUUCAUCGCGAGAAUGAGCGUUUGAUUCAGGCCUACAGGGCCCUUGGUCGGUCCCAGACAUCGCCAGUUGGUCAACAUACUUCACCUGUGGCACGAGAGCAUGUAGCUCAGCCCUUGCCACAGCACUCAAUGCAGCCCGUUGGCCCUACAGGGCAGAUCACAUAUGCCGCGGUCCCUAGCGCUCAGAUGCCGUCCCAGCAAGUACCUGUACAUAGCCCUCAACCGCAGACCCAGCAAUUCCCUGUUCACGCUCCUGGGGCUAUGAAUCGUGCCGCGCCGCCGAUGCUAUUAAAUGGUCAGAGACCCCAACAUCCAUUACCUACACGGCCGAACCUCGUGCCUCCACGGGGUCUUAACACUUCCUCCCAAGUGCCAGCUUCGCAGGUGACAGGCACGGUUCCUCAUUCACCGGUGCCUGUACCUGCACCAGCUGGACAUCAGGCGCAAAUACUAUCCCACGCGCCUUCCCGGAAUGUCCGUCAGAAUCCGCCACAGCCUUCACCUCAGCCCUCACCUCAGUCUACGCAAAUCACAACUCCUACUCAGCGCUUUGCUACUCAAACACGGCAGGCACAAGGACAGGUGCAGCAACCGCAGCAAAGCCCACCGGUCCCACAGCUGCUCCUUCCUCCACCGGGGCCCCUACCCUGUACCACAACACGGCCUCACCCUCUCCGCCAUGCGCUACAUCAGGCGCAUCUCCGCGAUCCCAUUGUCAGAUUCAAUCCUUCGGGAGCAGGGGGAGAAAAGGCUGACAAGGAGACAAAUCUGUUCCAUUACUUGAAAUCGUUUGUGGUACAGCCGACUCCCUUGGGGAAGACGGAGUCUGCUUUUGAAUGGCAGUUUUCUCUUUCCCGAGCAGACUUUGACCGGCUUCCUCGAAUCGAUCCUCGCGACACUGGUCAACAUUUAGUGCGGGCCCUGGUUGAUGGUAGCCAGAUCUAUCGUGUGCGGUGUAUUCGCAUUUCGCCGUCGGCGAAUGAGGUGAGCCAGCAUGCUUGGUGUCUCACAGAAUCUGUAUGGCCCAGUGUUAUUUACAUCUUUGUGAACGGUGUAGAACUCUAUGUUCGCCGCAAAUUUCACAACGGCAAAGAUAUUCCUCUGGACAUCAGUGGUAAUCUAAGAGAAGGCUUGAAUACCAUCUCCCUGCAUUUCAUCCGCAGCGCCGCCGAAAGCAGAGACGUAGUAUAUGCGUUAGGGGUGGAGGUCAUGGAUAUCCUCAGUUUCACUCAAGUGAAGAAGCUCGCUCAGACGCUACCCGCACCUCAGUCUCGUGAGCGGAUUCGUCAACGCCUUUCCUCCAGUACUGCCGACGAUGAAUUAAGUAUUGUCAGUGACUACCUCACUGUCAAUCUGGUGGACCCCUUCAUGGCUCGAAUAUUCAACAUUCCUGCUCGCGGAAUCAUGUGCGAACAUGUGGAGUGCUUCGACCUCGAGACAUACAUCAUGACCAGGGCCUCCAAGACGGGUAGAGCUCUCUUGAAGGAGAAUUGGAAAUGCCCAAUCUGCGGCGCAGACGCCCGUCCUCAGCUCUUGAUCAUCGAUGGCUUCCUUAGUGAAGUCCGUGCUGAUCUUGUACACACGGAUCGUCUUGAGGGAGCAAGAGCAAUCAAGAUCAAGGCGGACGGAUCUUGGGAGCUCAAGAGUGAUGGGGAAAGUACUCCGUCUGAAAAGGAGCUUGCACAAGCACGUGAAGGCGGCUCAUUGAAACGGAAACAUGAGGGCGUUGAUUCGCAUCUCGCAACUCAGAGGCCGAAGACAGAAGGUGCUGGUCGAGAAUCACUAGCAUCUCGCGAAUCCUCGGCAUCUUUGGUCAUCGAACUCGAUUAG